AUGAUGCUGAGUUGUGUUUGCGGUGCGCUCUUACUGGGCUCCGCUUCUCUCGUGCAUGCAGCCAUUAACUCGACCGCUCAAGCCUUGAAUACGACUGAUACAAAUCUAAUUCCUAAUGGAAAUGGACCUGUGCUUUAUUACAACGGCUCUGGCCCAGUCCCCUCAUAUGAUCUUGUCUCAUCAGUCCCGCCACCAAUCACACCAAUCAAUGGCAGCUCAGCCCUAGAGGACAUGUUUUUUACUGAGCUGUAUGCCAUUGCUAACACCACGACAUUUUCCAGCAACUGCUCUCAGUGUGUUGCGGGGGCCGAAUUGAUGCACCUGGCGGCAAUCACAUUGCCGGUCGACAACUUUGUCAAUAUCUUGAUCAGAAUAUGCGAGGCUGUCCCGACGGUGCAGGACUACAUUUACGCCGAUACUUGCGCAGCAGAAUACGGAAGCAUUCUAAACACUUCGAUUCCUUACUCGUCUGGAGGCGGUGCUACAGGAGCCUAUUACGCUCAGCUCUUUUCCAAGAUGAGCAUUGCAAAUGGAGACAUGACUUACUACUGCUAUUUCAAUUGGGGUGUCUGCCCAGAGCCUCCGACAAUCGGCAUCGAAGAGAACCUAUAUUUUAGCCCCAAGCCAGCUAAUGCCAGCAAAGCCCCAGCACCGUCAGGCAAGUCCAUCAAUGUCCUUCACACCUCAGAUUGGCAUCUAGACCCGCGAUACGAUAUUGGAAGUGAGGCAAACUGUUCUCAAUACCUCUGCUGCCGUCCGUAUGCCACCAAUGAUGAUCUGUCGACAACCUCUGCGAAUGCCAGUGUUCCAGCCUCACGCUUCGGAUAUCUUUACUGCGACUCGCCUCCCGAUCUAGCAUUAAGCUCGUUUACAAGUAUGCAUCAGUUUUUCAAUUUGAGCAACGUCUCGUUCACAAUCUUUACUGGCGACAUUCUGUCACACGAUAACGAUGACCAGAUAUCUCGCGAAUAUGCCGAAUACGAAGAAACGGUCACCUAUCAAACCUUCAAGGCUCAACUGGGCCACAUUCCAGUUUAUGCCACUCUAGGAAACCACGACUCUAUCCCGGAAGCGUGGAACACACAAAAUAGCCUCAAUCCAGGAACCUUGACUGCCGCUUCUGCCAAUGCAUUCGGGUGGAACUAUGAGCUCCUCUCCUCCCUCUGGGGUAAUUCGGGUUGGAUCAAUAGUACCGAGCAACAAUAUGCCUCUACGCACUACGGUGCCUAUGCGCACACCACCGCCCAAGGUCUUCGCAUCAUCUCGAUCAACACAGACUUCUGGUACGUCGACAACAUCUUCAACUACUGGAACGUCACAAAUCCGGAUACCGCUGGCGUCUUAACGUGGUUGGCAUCUGAGCUUGCGGCAUGCGAAGCUCGAGGUCAACGCGCGUGGAUCAUUGGACACGUGCCCUCAGGCUACGAUGGGAGCAACGCCGUUCUAAACCCCUCUGCACUGUUUUACAGCAUUGUGGUGCGAUUUUCCCCAGCAACCAUUGCUGGUGUCUUCUUCGGCCACACCCACGAAGACCAGAUCCAAAUAUUUUAUGAUUUCCUGCCCAAUAGCACUUACACCAUGAAUGGCAAGACGUAUCGCAACACGACCAUGGUCGACUACUCCAAGCCUCUAACAGUUGGAUACAUUGGUCCUUCGAUCACACCUCUGACCGGGAACAAUGCGGGAUAUCAACUUUACCAGGUCGACGCGUCUACAUUUUCCAUCAUGGGCAUCCAAACUUAUUUUGCCAACGUCAGCGAGGCCAACAGCUGGACUACACCCGAGUGGCGUUUCGAAUAUGAUGCCAGAGCUGUCUAUUCCAUGGCAGCCGCCCACAACAGCUCCUCUGGAUGUUGGCCCAGCAGUGCUCCAUUGAACGCGACUUUCUGGGACGGCGUCACGAGGAGCAUGCUGACCAACCAGACCUUGGUGGAGUUGUAUAACUUGCUGGAGACUAAGAGUAGCGUGGUAACAGAGAGCUGCUCUACCACGGCAUGCGCAAAGCAAAAGGUUUGCUACAUUCGGAGCGGGAGGGCGACGCUUGGUAGGGCUUGCGGGGAUCGGAAUGGACCUUUCUAG